GUCAUACAGAAACAGGAAGUGAAUUGAGUCAGGAUAGAUCUAUGUUUGUAAAUUGAACAGAAAUUUGAGUUUAUUUAAUAAUUUUGACUUGGAUUGAAUACAGUUUUAUAAACAGUAACUAGAAAAAGGCAUACAUUAUUUAUUCCCAACCAGUCAAGAUGGAUAUAUGGCUGAAUUUAAACAUAAUACCGAUUUUAUUGGCUGUGUUUACAUUUGUAUUGACAGAGUGUAAGCAGCUGGACGAUUAUAUUCUACAUUAUGAGGAGUUAACGUAUAACACAGAACAUUUACACAACAGUCACAUGAGACAUAAACGUUCAUUAGAUAGUGCUGUACAUUUGGAUUUAAACGCAUUUGAUAAAAAAAUAAAGUUACGCUUAAAAAAUGACCGGUCUGUAUUCACGCCAGAUUUUGUCCUGGAAUUCAAUGGGACGGUCAAAAAGCCAGAUUUGUCUUUCAUAUAUUCAGGGGAAGUUAUUGAUAAACCAGGAAGUUCAGUUAUGGGCGGAAUUUUAAAUGGAGUUUUUACUGGCUCCAUAUCCAUUCCCAGUGAAAAGGAGACAUAUCAUGUCGAAAACAGUCACCGAUUUUUCCAGAAUAAGCCUGUGUUUCAUUCUGUUAUUUACAAGGAGAGUGACAUGAAUUUGGAUCCUUUCAGAGAAAGAAGGACAAGAGAGAGAAGAGAGGCAGCAGAAACAGGCACAUGUGGUUAUUUGAAAGCCCAAGAAUGGAUGAGGGAAGUUGUACAGUCUGAGGUGAUUCCACAAAACAGGGCAAAAAGGCAUGAAUCGGUCUGGCAAGAAAUACAAACAGAAGACGGUCAUGCAAAAUACACAGAACAGGCAAACAGGAAAGCAGAAAAACUAGUUUCAAGGAAGAAACGAGCAUCUUUGUCAGUUGUAAAUAAUGGAAAAAAUUCCUGCUUCAUGUCACUGAUGUCUGAUCCAUUUUUGUACAAUCAUUUCUUGGAAAAAUCCCAAAAUGAUGCAGAACUGGCAAGAGAUGCAAUUUUGCUGUUUUUUGCCAGUCAUAUAGAGGCCAUAAGGACCAUAUACAUGGGUACAACAUUUCAAACAUACGACGGGAAUAUGGAAUAUAAGGGAGUGACAUUUGCGGUUCAGAAAACAAAGGUUAUGACGCCUGCCGACUGUAAUGAUGCCACAUUAAACCGGUUCUGUCAGCCGAACAUUGAUGUCAGUAAUUUUCUGAAUUUGAACUCACUACUGGACCAUGAUGAUUUCUGUCUUGCCUACGUGUUUACAUAUCGUGAUUUUUCGGCUGGAACCUUAGGUCUUGCAUGGGUUGGAGCAUCUAAUUCUGCAUCUGGAGGAGUUUGUGAGAGAAAUAAAAGUUUCCGAGAGAAGAAUACCCAAGUUAAGAAGAGUUUAAAUACAGGAAUUGUAACUACUAUAAACUAUGGAAAAGAAGUGCCUUCAAAAGUUUCUCAACUUACCUUUGCUCAUGAAGUUGGUCAUAAUUUUGGCUCACCGCACGAUUCUGGAACAGAAUGUGCACCUUACGGUACUGGGUCUUCAGAUGCUAACAAAGGGAACUACAUUAUGUAUGCCAGUGCUACAAUGGGAGAUAAAGUACAUAACAGCGAAUUCUCAUCAUGCAGUAAAGAUAACAUCACACGUGUCAUACAUGCAGUUUUAACUAGCACUAGCAAAUUCAAUUGUUUUUCAGAGAGUGGACCAUUCUGUGGAAAUGGUAUUGUAGAAAAGGGAGAAGAAUGUGACUGUGGUUUCCAUGGCGACUGUGAAGAUAGCUGUUGUAUUGCACGUAAUGACCCUAACCAUAAUAAGUAUUGUGAACUUACUACCAAUGCACAAUGCAGUCCAUCACAAGGGCCAUGUUGUGAAGAAAGUACAUGUACAUUUACAGCUGAAUCAGCAUCUAAAGUAUGCAGAUAUGCAGAAGACUGCUUUGAAGAAGCAAAGUGCAAUGGUACACAAGCAGUAUGUCCGCAGUCAGUUCUAGCAGAAAAUGGGACCUACUGUAAUAAUUAUGGCUUCACUUGCCAGAAGGGGGAAUGUGCAGGAUCAUUAUGUGAGAAAUUUAAUUGGACAGAAUGUUUUCGAACCGGAGAUACUUCUACUAAAGAAGAACAAGAAAGCCUUUGUAAAUUAGGAUGUCUUUCCAAUCAAAGUGGGGGAGAAUGUGUAAUAUCCAGUGACAGGGACCUACUUGUGAAAUACCCAGAAUAUCAAGCUAUGGUACAGGAAGUAUUUGAUGGACGUCAAGCUGUUGGCAAAGGCAAAUCAAAGGAUAUUUCUGAUGGAGUUAAGCUAGCCCCAGGUUCUCCGUGUAACAAUUUCCAAGGUUACUGUGACGUGUUCUACCGUUGCCGAGGUGUUGAUGCUGAAGGACCAUUGUCUAGACUGAAAAAUCUCAUCUUUGAUCCAGAAACAUUGCAAGAUAUAUCCAACUGGAUAGUGGAGCACUGGUGGGCAGUUUUGUUGAUGGGUAUAGGAUUGGUACUGGCUAUGGGAUUGUUUAUCAAAUUUUGUGCUGUGCACACUCCGAGUUCAAACCCAAAAGCAAAACCAGCACGGAAACUUAGUGAAACUAUGACACUGCGCAGGCGCAGAAAUCAAAACAGACAGCCUCCGCCACAACCUCAGCCUGUACGAUACCCACAGUAUGAAAAGGAAAGAGGACGCAGGGAGAGAGAUUAUCAUUAUGGCAGGGAACAGGAAUUAUUACAUGACCCUAAAUAUCCAGCAAAGAACCCGCAAGGGCCUCCUCCCCCGUAUCCAGGGUCAAGUAGUGGAGCAACAGGAUCAAAUUUGGGACCACCUCAUGGUCAUGGGAAAAAAGGGAAAAAUAGGAAGGGGCAACCUAUGGAAAUGGGACGAAUAUGACGUUAUUUAUAGAAUUUAGUGUCUUAGUUAUUACGUUAACAAAUUUUUAUUUUGUAUUCUUUUUGUUUGUUUUUUUUUCCGAAUGAAUGGUUCUAUGUGCAUGACUGUUAUAAAUGCUUGAGUAACUGUGAAACAAGAUUAAGAGACUGUCAAAACUUUAUCAUAAUUUGGUCUAUCUUGGAAUUUGAUUUAGAGACUAUCCGCACUUUAUCAUAAUUUGUUCUUGAUAUGGAAUGGAACAAAACUUUGGAACUACAUUAAGAGAAUGCCAUUAUUUUAUCAUAAUUUGUUCUUGAUAUGGAAUGGAACAAAACUUUGGAACUACAUUAAGAGAAUGCCAUUAUUUUAUCAUAAUUUGUUCUUGAUAUGGAAUGGAACAAAACUUUGGAACUACAUUAAGAGAAUGUCAUUAUUUUGUCAUAAUUUGUUCUUGAUAUGGAAUGGAACAAAACUUUGGAUUGGAACUACAUUAAGAGAAUGUCAUUAUUUUAUCAUAAUUUGUUCUUGAUAUGGAAUGGAACAAAACUUUGGAUUGGAACUACAUCAAGAGAAUGUCAUUAUUUCAUCAUAAUUUUGUUCUUGAUAUGGAAUGGAACAAAACUUUGGAACUACAUUAAGAGAAUGUCAUUAUUUUAUCAUAAUUUGUUCUUGAUAUGGAAUGGAACAAAACUUUGGAUUGGAACUACAUUAAGAGAAUGUCAUUAUUUUGUCAUAAUUUGUUCUUGAUAUGGAAUGGAACAAAACUUUGGAUUGGAACUACAUUAAGAGAAUGUCAUUAUUUCAUCAUAAUUUUGUUCUUGAUAUGGAAUGGAACAAAACUUUGGAUUGGAACUACAUUAAGAGAAUGUCAUUAUUUCAUCAUAAUUUUGUUCUUGAUAUGGAACAAAACUGUGGAACUAGAUAAACUUGCUGUCAAUACUUUAUCAUAGUUUGUUCUUGUUAUGAAACAAAUUUUGUAUUAUUCAUUAUAUUUGUAUUCUAAUCACAUAGAAUUGGUUUCCAAAAAGAUUUUAAGACAUGAUACAUACCUUUGAAAUACUGAAUUUUUGUAGCAUUUGAAAUCAUGAAAUAUUAUACGGAAUGAUUUCUGGUCAAGUUUCAUUCAUUUAAUGGUUUACGAAUUGAACAUUUAUAAAUAUGUUAAACAAUCUACAGUGUCUGAACUGAAGGUUAGUCCUUGUUUUGAUAACUCCGCGGUACACAUAAAUACCAGGUAAAUGCUACUUGUUUGAUAGCACUGGAUCGGAUAUCCUGUCAGAGACAUUUUACAGUUCUUAAUAGAGUCUGCUGUCAGCAGCAGAAAUAAUAUGUUAAAGCCUGUAUGACCGAAAUAAAGUGUCAUAUGUGAUAACUCAGACGUAUUAACUAUAAAAUAUUUUUUUUCUACAGGAACAAAGGUUUUAAUUUUUCUUUUGGCCGUUUUUAGAAGAAAAAAACUUCUAUUGUCUCUAUUUCAAUGCCUUUUUUGAAAAAAAAAUUGUUAUGGCAGUAAAUGGCAUAUAUAAACAGUGCUCUAGUGAGAUGAAUCAGUAUGAGAUAUUUGAAGAAACAGUAAAUAUUCGAGAUAUUGCAGCCUUGUGUUGACAUGUUAAAUGUUUUUACAGUAACUAAUUUGAUCGUGCUUGUUUCGUAUUAUGAUAAAUUUAUCCCACCGUUACUUUUCUCUUUGUAUCAAGCUCUACAAAAGCCAAACGCCAUUCACUGCAUUAACUUCACUCAUUACCUCAUAUCAUUGUCUCCACCAAUUCUACUGGUAUUCGAACAUUUGACAGGAAAUUAAUAUUUCUGUUACUGUAUAUCGCUGUAAAAAUAAAAAAAAAUGUACUGUAGCCUAUACCAGUAACCGGAAGCGCAAUACCGGACGCAUGGCAUUCCAGUAACCGGAAGUUAUGGUUUGGUACAUUAUGACCAGCAUAUAAAAUGUCAUUGUCAUGCCUUUUUUCAAAUUUUGCUGUUGGCUCACCUGAACUUAAAAUAACACUUUUGUUACGCCCUCGCUCGUGCCAGUAAAGGUUUAGUCCUAAUAGGUUGCCACUUUAGGAACGUCGUAGCCAUUUUAUUAGUAUAUAUUAUUUAGUUGCUAAAACCUGUAUGUCUGUAGAUCUACUGAAGUAUUAUUUUGUUUGUUUUUGAAAAUCCUGACACAAAAAAUCCGUGCUUUUUCUGUAUUUUUCAUGACUUAUUUGUCAAAUAAAAUUCAAUUUAUACACUGCC